UCUGAGUAAGAUAGGUGCAUUGUAUCAAUAUCAAUAUCCUGGUUGUGACAUUAUAGUAUAGUUCUGCAAAAUGUGGUCUGGUUCCACAUCUUCCUGUGUGCCUAUGGGGUGAGUGCCUCAUGAGGAGGAAAAGAAAAGCAAUUAUGAGAUAUUUGAGGAUGUUCAAAUUGUACAGACUGGAAAAAGUAUUUGGAAAGCUUUCUUGGAUCUCCUGUUCUAGAAAUUUGCCUCCUACCUGAUUAUAAUAAUGACUUAAAUUGGUGUCUUUAAAAAAAAAAUACAAGUGUUUUCUACUAUGAAAACAAAUCAUUCAUUAUUUUUUGUCCUCUAAAGUGCAAAACUAAAAACACCACUAUAAUUCCACCACCCAAAUAAAACGUUUUAAUAUUUCUAUCCCUUGCAAUCUUGUUUCUGUGCCUCUUUUUACAAAACAUAUCUUUAUUUAGCAAUUGCUGUUUUGUGUCCUGCUUUUUUCACUCAGCGUCACUGCCUUUCUCCCCAUAUUUUUCAAAGACAUUCUGAAUGGCUAUGUUAAACUUCAUGGUGGAAUUAUUUACUUUCCAACUCCCCUGCAUGACUGCGGAAUGUGCAUCUGUGCAGAAUGUUUCGCCCACAAAACUUUCAAAACAUAUUCCAGAGGAGAACUACUGGGCCACCUUUCAAGUCUCAGGUACUCGAUACCCUCUCUCAUCCAACCCACUGCACCUAUUUCCAUAGGGUCUAUUUUCCAGAGUCCCCGCGUCGGUCACUUCAAACUCCAGGCGCCCUCCGUCUCCCGUAGGCACGUGACGAUGUCACGCAACAGCAUUGCUGGUUUCCCUGGUGACGGUUGCUGGGGCAGCGUGUGCAGGCGUCCGGAAGAAGUGACCGAGCUGCGGCGGCCCUUGAAGGGAGGAGCGGAGUGACCGCUGGCAAGAUGGCAGCAGAUGAAGGCUCACAGGACACCUUGCGGCUCCAGUUCAAGGCCAUGCAGGAGAUGCAGCACAAAAGGUUACAGAAGCAGAUGGAGAAAUGGAAGGAAAAGGAACUGAGCUUCAAAAGCAGAACUGAUGACCACAAAGAGCCCUUGGAGAUUUCCAAUGGCCUCAGCCUUCCUCAAGCUGGGGAGCAAAACUCAAAAAACAGCUUUGAGCAGAGAGUGCUUGAAGAUGAGCUCGAACAGCUUCGCCACCAGCUCAGGGAAACAGUGGAUGAGAACGGGCGACUGUAUAAACUGCUGAAGGAAAGGGACUUUGAGAUCAAACACCUCAAAAAGAAAAUAGAAGAGGACAGAUUUGCCUUCACAGGGACAGCAGGUAUGGCUGGGGAUGUGAUCGCCACCAAAAUCGUCGAGCUGUCCAAAAAGAACCGGGUGCUGACAGCAGAGUCAGAGGGUGCGAAAAGCAGAGUGAAGCAGCUGAGCAAUCGCAUCCAGGAGCUGGAGCUGGAGCUGCAGGCCACCCUAGCCAGGCUACCAGCCAAAGGCACCGCCAACACAGGAGCCAAGCCACCAAAGGCCCAGAUGGGAGACGGAGCUGUGCUGGAGACCCCAGAGGUGAAGGUCUUGCAGGACAAGCUGGCGGCCACAAAUCUGAAGAUGAGUGACCUCCGCAACCAGAUCCAGUCUGUGAAGCAGGAGCUCCGAAUGGCCCAGAAGGUUUUGGUCAGCGAAGUGGGAGAAGAUGUGAGUGUACAGCAGCUUCUGUCCUCACCAGGGACCUGGAGGGGUCGGGCUCAGCAGAUUCUCGUUUUGCAGAGUAAGGUCCGAGAGCUUGAGAAGCAGCUGGGACAGACCCGGAGCCGGUCUACGGGGACAACCAGUGAUGAGCCGUCUGCCUAUCCAGACCCAAGGAAGCUGUCAGCACAGGAGAAAAACCUCCUGAGGAUCCGCAUCCUGGAAAGGGACAAACAGGAAGGCUGGGAGAAGCUUAUGGGUGAGCGGGAUGCCCUCCAGAGAGAGCUUGAAGAGCUGAAAAGGAAGGCUGAGGGCACAAGGUCACGGAACAAGGUGCUGUCAAGUGAAGUGAAGACCCUCCGGAGUCAGAUGGGAACCCUGGUGGAGAAGGGCAGGCACGACGACGAGCUCAUCGACGCCCUCAUGGACCAGCUGAAGCAGCUGCAGGAGGUUCUGAGCAGCCUGAGUCUGCAGGAGGAAAAGGCACGGGCAUCCCAGCACCACCUUGGCCAGCAGCUCAACAACGAGGCCCAGAGGAGCAGCAGCCUUGUUGCCCAGCUGCGGGCCAUGGUGGCUGAGCGGGAGGCCAAGGUGCGGCAGCUGGAGGUGGAGAUCAGGCAGCUCAGUGCGCAGUAUCUUCGGAAUAAAGGAGUGGGUGAGGGAUCCCAUGGGCCUGAGGUCAACCCCACCUUCACCAAGUUCCUGGAGGACCCAGGCCUUACCAAGUCCCCAGCCUCAGCAGGCGAUCACGUUGGCAGGGUUGGAUCUUCUCGCUCUCUCACCAGCCUGGGCCAUACUCUGGUGGAAUCAGUUCUCACACGGCCUUCCCUGCCCAGUCCUCACGUGUCUUCACCCAGGUUCUCGAACUCCCCAGAACAAAAAGGCUGGCAGGCACAGGUGACAGAGUUCAAGGCCCUCUGGCAGGCUGCCGAGGUGGAGCGGGACCGGCUCACCGAGUUUGUCUCUGUCCUGCAGAAACGGGUGGAGGAGAGCAAUGGCAAGCUUCUGGCGUCAGAGAGGAAGCUGCAGGAGGAGCGGCAACACACCGUGGCGCUGGAGCAACACCUGGAGAAGAUGCGCCUGGAGCCUGGAAGGACUUCAGCCCCUCGGAGAGCAGCGGCCAGGAGCAAAACAGGUCUGCCUGCCUCUAACACCAGACAAAACCUGAAUGGGAAUGAGAGAAAGGACCCAUCCUUCACCCAGCUCUCCAACGUGCCUGUGGAAUCCCAGAUGGAGGAGCUGACCACCAGGCUGGCCAUCCAGGUGGAGGAGAAUGAAAUGCUGAAGGCUGCCCUGGACAGUGCCCUGCGGGGAAAGGAGGAGGACUUUCGGAUGUACCAUGAAACCCUAGGCCAAGUGAAAGGGGUCUUCCUGCAGGCCCUGCGGCAGCAGAAGGUGGACAAGCAUUAGGAUGGUAGCCCGGUGUCAGCCUGGCCGGAUGGGGCAGCCUCAGGCCCUGAGUGGACAAGGCUUUGCCUGAGGACUCUAUUUUCUCCCAGAGUCAGCUUGGCCCUUCUCCUGGAAGAGGCCCUCUAAGGUGAACAAAGCCAACAUCUCAGGCCAGAAGGGCAAAGGAGCUGCCCUGGAGGAGGCCCUGGGCAGGUUAGGCUGCAGUAGGGAAGAAGACCAAGCAGCCCACUCAGCAUCAGCGAGAGCUCUGGAUGAGCAGCCAGUUGUGCAGACAGAUGCAGUCCCUCGAGCAGCUGCUCGGCACCCUGUCCUAGGGUCUAGCUGCAUGCCCCCCCAGAGAUCCCUUGGUGCUCCCAGUUGGAAGCAUCCUUCAGGGCACCUAGCCCCACCCGACCCCCUCACCAGGGCAUCCCACACCCUGCUCCCCACGCCAUGGCCCCAUCAGCAGCCAUCCCUCCCUCUGCAGACUUGGGGGCACCAUGCUCCCAGCACUUCUCAGCCCACACCUCAGGGCUCUUCCUUAGAUGCAGACUCUCAGACUUGUAAUAAUAAUGAUUUUCAUAGCUGCUGAGUGAGCGGGCAUGUACUGUGAGUGGGCAUCUACUGUGGAAACCUGGCCUCAUCUACUCCUCUAGUAAUACAGGGGAUUGUCAUCCUGUUUUACAGAUGAAGAAACAGGCUUACAAAAGAAACUCUG